AUGCGUCCCACACAGUUCCUUGCCCUUGCGAUGGCCGUCGCCACCUCGGAGGCCAUCUCCCAGGGUUUCAACUAUGGUGCCCUUAAGGGCGAUGGCAGUGUCAAGAGCCAAGCCGAUUUCGAGACCGAGUUUGCGACUGCCAAGAACCUUGUUGGAACCGACCACGCCUUCACCAGUGCUCGUUUGUACACUAUGAUCCAGGGUGGCACCGCCAACGGCCCCAUUGAGGCCAUUCCCGCCGCUAUCAAGGAGAAGACUACCCUUCUAUUGGGUCUCUGGGCUUCCGGUGGUGGUAUGAGCAACGAGAUCGCCGCUCUUAAGUCCGCUAUCGAGACCUACGGUGAUGCUUUCACCGACCUGGUCGUCGGUAUCUCCGUCGGUAGUGAGGAUCUUUACCGUAACUCUGAAAUCGGUACUAAGGUCAAUGCUGGUGUCGGUAUUGAGCCCUCCGAGCUUGUCGACUACAUUAAUCAGGUUCGCUCCGCCAUCUCUGGUACCUCCCUGAGCGGUGCCCCCAUUGGUCACGUCGACACCUGGAACACCUGGACCAACAGCUCCAACUCUGCCGUCGUUGACGCUGUCGACUGGCUCGGCUUCGAUGGUUACCCAUACUUCGAGAACACCGAGCCCAACUCCAUCGACGACGCCAAGGCGCUCUUCGAUAAGGGCGUUGCUAAGACCCAGGCUAUUGCCGGUGGCAAGGAGAUCUGGAUCACCGAGACUGGCUGGCCCGUUACCGGCAAGACCGAGAACCUCGCUGUUGCCAACACGGCCAACGCCAGGCAGUACUGGACCGAGGUCGCUUGUCCUCUCCUCGGCAAUACCAACACCUGGUGGUACAUCCUCGAGGAUCCUGCUUCCACCCCCAGCUUUGGUGUCACCGGUUCGGCCGACAGCACCACUCCUCUGUACGACCUGUCCUGCAAGGCAUCCAACUCCUCCAGCUCCGCCGUUUCCUCCAGCACCUCCACCUCCACUCUAGGCCAGAAGACCGGCUUCGCUUCUUCCGUCUCUGCUACCUCCACCGGCACUGCCGCCUCUGGUGCCUCCACUGGCACUGCCGCCUCUGGUACCUCCACUGGCACUGCCGCCUCUGGUACUGGUCACUCCGUGGUCGGCCCCGCCUCCACACACCCGAUCGGUACCCGCCCCUCCACCAAGCCUAAGUCUAAGAGCGCCUCCGCCUCCGCUGUUGCUACCAAGACCGGCUCUGGAUCUUCCUCCCUCCCCACUGGUUCAAAGGGCUCAGGCUCAUCCUCCGACUCCGGCUCCGGCUCCGGCUCCGGAUCUUCAUCCUCUACCCCUGGCUCCGUCACGUCCAGCGUCCCCUUCAACUCUGCCACCCGGGUCGCCGGCUCCGCGGCCGGCGCUCUGAUCGCUGCUCUCGCUCUCGCUCUCACUUUCUAA